AGUCCCGCCCCCCAGAACAGUAACCGGAGGCCGGACAGGUCUUUGCAAGGCCAGGGAGCUCGCCGCCUUGAGCCCACUGGGAAUGGCAGCCCCAUCUAUGAAGGAAAGGCAGGCUUGCUGGGGAGCCCGGGACGAGUACUGGAAGUGUUUAGAUGAGAACACAGAGGACGUUUCUAAAUGCCAGAAGUUACGGAGAUCAUUUGAAUCAAGUUGUCCCCAACAGUGGAUAAAAUAUUUUGAUAAAAGAAGAGACUACUUAAAAUUCAAAGAAAAAUUUGAAGCAGGAGAAUUCCAGCCUUCAAAAACAAGUGCAGAGUCCUAAGCUGUCCUGAACUUUUCAGGAAGGUUGAAUCUGUUCUUUGUGGACAUUCACAAAUGCUCCAUUGACAAGGGGCCAACAGCGGUUUGAAUCAUGGUGAACAUCAAUACUUACUCCAUAUGUACAACUCUCAGUAAUUAAAGUGAUCAAGAAACGGAAGAUCCCAUCAUUCAAACUGAAGAAUUGAAAUAAAAUGGGAUGAAAUAUG